AUGGACGCGUCUGUGGCGACUGAUGGUGAAGACGCUAGCGUGCCUUACGUGAAGAUCGGCGUGUCGUGCCUGGUGGCCGCGGUCAUCGUAGUGGCGUACACCGCCUACAGGCUUACUCACAGGCCGCCAAACUUGAAGACAAUGGGACAAUGGGCAGAAUUUACUUUUUCAGUUGUCACAGGAGCAACAGAUGGAAUUGGGAAAGCUUAUGCAUUUGCUCUUGCAAAGAAAGGACUGAACAUUUUGCUUAUCAGCCGAUCUCGUGAAAAGUUGAUAGCUGUUGCAACAGAGAUACAAAAUAUCCAUAGAGUCUCCACAGAAUUUGUACAAGUAGAUUUCACAAUAUAUGACAACACUACCUAUUCUCCUAUAGCAGAAAAGUUAUCAAGUUUGGAUAUUGGAGUUCUUGUCAACAAUGUUGGAAUGAGUUACUCUUAUCCAGAGUACCUGCAUGAUGUGCCAAAUAAGGAAAAGCUGUUCCUAAAUAUUAUAAACUGCAAUAUUGGUUCUGUAACUCAAAUGACACAACUAGUCAUUCCUAGCAUGCUAAGCAAGGGAAGAGGUGUGAUAAUCAAUGUAUCAUCAACAGCAGCACUUAUUCCAAGCCCGUUGCUAACUGUAUAUGCAGCAACUAAGGCAUACACAGAAAAAUUCUCGAGAGACCUUGCAGAUGAAUACCGGCACAAAGGUCUAGUAAUACAGUGUGUUUCACCUGGAUACGUGGCUACCAAAAUGAGCAAAAUUCGGAGACCAUCUCUCAUGGCACCAGAUGCCAAAAAAUAUGUUGACAGUGCUCUAAAAAAAGUGGGAGUGACAGAAAGUACAACUGGAUAUUUUCCACACAGUAUUCUGGUCUUUACUGUGAAGACAAUAAAUCUUAUCUGCCCACCACUUAUAACAUUUAUCAUCAAAAAUACACAACAUAAUAUACGCAGGAGGUUUUUAAAAAAGGGACUGACUUACUGAAGCAGAUAAAAAUGUUUAAUAAUAAGAAUUUCUACAAACAACUAAAAUCCUGGCAAGCAUCUGAAAUGUCAGUCAGGAAAACAACCAAGUGUCUGUUACAGAGAUAACAGAACUUUCCUAAAUAUGUGGACUUGUGAGAACUGCAAGAUGGAACCAAUGCUACA